AUGAGCAAGGAAGUUAUCCCUGCUACAACGAUUCCAACAAACACCACAAGAUCAACAAAUGUGGUUCUCAUCCAACAGCUUGAAGGUAUAAACAAAGAAUUAGUUUACCAGCAACGUCUUGAUCGACCUUUCAAAGUAAUCCAGAACCUGCCUAUAUCUAAAAAUGGCGAACCCGAUUACACUGUUUUAAAACAUCCAUUAUCUGUUAAAGAUAGUGGCGUAUUGUACAACUCAUUAAUUGUGUCUCGAUUCAAUUGGAUAAAUCACAUAUUCAAAACAUUCUGGACAAAACGUGAGCAAAUAAUUAUAGGUUCGGAUAAAGGGAAAAGAGAUAAAAUGAUUAGACUGACAGACCUGGAAAUGAUAGGAGGUCCUCAUCAAUUCAAAAUAAAGCUGUUUUUCCUAAAAGAGGAUGAAAAGGAGAAGGCCUACAUUGAGGAAAGGAAACGUAAAAAGGAAGAAAGACUUAGACGAAGGGAGGAAAGAUUAGCGGAAAUUAAAAGAAGAAAAGAGAUCAAGGAACGUGAGGAAAAGGAAAAGGAGGAACAGAAACUGCAAUUAAAACUUCAACAUGAAGCUAAAUUAAGGGAAGAAGAAAUAAAAAAAGAACAGGAGAAGGAGAAAGAACAGGAGAAGGAGAAAGAACAGGAGAAGGAGAAAGAACAGGAGAAGGAGAAAGAACAGGAGAAAGAACAGGAGAAAGAACAGGAGAAAGAACAGGAGAAAGAACAGGAGAAAGAACAGGAGAAAGAACAGGAGAAAGAACAGGAGAAAGAACAGGAGAAAGAACAGGAGAAAGAACAGGAGAAAGAACAGGAGAAAGAACAGGAGAAAGAACAGGAGAAAGAACAGGAGAAAGAACAGGAGAAAGAACAGGAGAAGGAACAGGAGAAGGAACAGGAGAAGGAACAGGAGAAGGAACAGGAGAAGGAACAGGAGAAGGAACAGCAACAGGAGCACAAAAAAGCAAAACUGCUCCAUUUACAGAAUAAUGAUACUCGUGUGAUUACGAGUCAUAUUGGGCAAAAACAACUAUCCAUCAAAGGAGAAGAGAACGGAUAUAAAGAUAGGAUAGAUGCCGCCCAAUUAGGUGAUAGUGCAGAUAUGAAAGAUAUUACAGAGGUAAAGAAUACUACAGCGGUGAAAAGCACUACAAAUGUAAAAGAGAAAUCCACAAUCUCAGGCAGGAAGUCUGACAUGGAAUUAUCUUUCAAAAUUGAACAGCCGAAACAGCAAGCAGAAAACUCUACCAAUCAGUCAACUCCGGUAAUUCCACAAGGUAAACCUUCAUCCACAAAAUCUAAACCUGCUACUAAGGAUAUAAUGUCAAAUCCCGAAAAUGCAAUUGUUAUACAGAAUUUAAACUUCAUGGCACGUCAAGAUUCUUACUUGAAUGAAUUGAUGAAAGAAGUUGCAAGCGGUGGUGCAAGUAAUGCCAAAAUAUUAGAAUUUCAGACAUACAUAAGCAAGGCUCAACAAAUGGGCGAUGCAACAGGAUAUCUUGCGAAACUGAAGCAAAAACAAGCUCUUAUUGAAAGGAAAUUAAAACUGGAUAGAGAACGUAAGGAAAAACAGAAAAAAGAGAAGGUGCAACCUAUCAAAUUACCACAGAUGUCACAGGAAGAAUUGAUGAAAAGGGCAAUGGAUAUAAAAAAAGAACAAGAAUUGCAGAGGCAAGAGAAGAUAAGAUUACGGGAGGAACGUGAACAAGAAAAAAUUAGAUUAAGAAAGGAAAAAGAGGAGAAAAAGCUACGAGAACGUGAAGAGAGAGAAAGGUUAAAGAGACAAGCUCGUGAGGAAAAAGAGAGAGAAAGAGAACUUAGAAGGCAGGAAAAGUUAGCAGAGAAAGAAAGAAUUAGACUCGAGCGUGAAGAGAGAGCCAAGGAGAAACAGCGGGAGAAGGAAAGACUGAAAUUAAAAGCAGAGUUAAAGAAGAAAAGCAACGCUGCAGACUCCAGUGAUGAUGAAAAUACCAAUUCAAGCGACGACGAAGAUGAUGAUAGGAUGGGGAAACUCAGAGAAGAUGAUUACGAUGAAGAUCUAUGGAACGAUAAGCUAUCACCUUUACAGGAGAGAUAUUCUGUAGGUGCAACUUUAGUAUUUGAGUUCUUUGAGAAUAACUCUGCAAGGUUCAUGAUUCCAAGAGAUACAAUUUUUGAAAUUGUCAACAAGGAAGCAGAAGAUGAUGCUGGAGAGUCCAGGUCCAAUUCUUUGGCGUCAGUGCCAACUGAGCAGUCGAAUUUUAUUAAGGAUGAGCCAUCCCAUGACCAACCACAUCCUAAAUCCCCAUACGUCACAAUAUUGGCCUCCUUUCUUCUAGUACACAAUCAAAGUGAGAUAGAUGGUUGGGACCGCAGACAAGAAGAGGCACGAAGAGCUGCUGAAGAAGCCGAGCGCAAGCGAAAAGAAGCUGAGAAGGCUGAACUAGAAGAAUCCAAAAACUGUACUAUAGCUGAAAAUGCAAGGAAAAGACGCCGAAAGAAGAGUAAUUGGAGUACUGCUACUAGUAAACGGUCAACUAGGUUAUCAAAACAAGCAAAAGAGUUGGAGAACCUAAGACGUGAAGAAGAGAAUUACCAUGAAGAAGAUGAAGAAGACGAUUCACUUGAGAAGCCUAGGCCAUUACCUGUUUACUCGUGCGUCACGUUAACUCUAUCGAAAGUGCCAUUUAGAUUCGCUAAUUUUAUUGCUAAUAGCGGCAAUCCCGUAAGCGUGGCGCAUGAGAGUAUGAAGGAAAUAAUGAAGAUUGGUACAAGGGUUCCUUUAGAUAAGUUGUGGUACCAAGUAGAUGGAAUUAAGGAUGAACUUCUUGCCGAGACAUUACGUUACAAUUUGAACAGAUUAGACUAUUUGACUGCUGGUGGUAAGAAAAGUAAGUCUGCAUUUAUUAAAAAGUUUGGUAGGGGUGGUAGAUAA